ACGCAAUCAGACACCCGGCACCCUACCACACACCCAUCACUUCCGCCUCCGGAGACCUGUGGUGCCUGUGGGAGUACUGCGCCUCUUCCCUUCUCUCCAGUGUCUGUGAAUCCAUCGGCGAACAGGUAAGCCAUAUCCCGCUGGUUUCCAUCUCUUCAGGCUUCCGUUCUUGCUUUGCACGUUGGAGGGCCAAUCUGCACUACUGUCUGUGUCACCAUAGAUGACUUCCUAUAUGCUCAAUGGAGCUGAAGCGCUUACUUUCCCCAAAGGAAGAACUCCAACUGGGUUGGGCUUCAGGGGGUCGUCUCUCAAUGGGAUAUGCCUUCCCAAGAUGGGUGUGGUCUCCGUUGGUGGUGGUAGUAUGAAGGCCAAAUCUUUAGUACCAGCGUGUGGCCUUUCCUCUUCUAGGCCAGCUUCCCAACCCAGGUUCAUUCAGCACAAAAAGGAGGCGUUUUGGUUUUAUAGGUUCCUCUCCAUAGUCUAUGACCACGUCAUAAACCCUGGCCAUUGGACUGAGGACAUGAGGGAUGAGGCGCUCGAGCCUGCAGAUCUAUAUGAUGCAAGGUUGAAGGUGGUAGAUGUCGGCGGUGGGACUGGAUUCACCACAUUGGGCAUUGUUAAACACAUAUACCCCAAGAACGUAACCAUCCUGGACCAGUCACCGCACCAACUCGAGAAGGCAAGGCAGAAGGAGGAACUGAAAGAGUGCACAAUCAUUGAAGGGGAUGCCGAGGAACUUCCCUUCCCAACCGACUCUGUGGAUCGAUAUAUUUCUGCAGGAAGUAUUGAGUAUUGGCCCGAUCCUCAACGUGGAAUCAAAGAAGCAUACAGAGUGUUGAAACUUGGAGGGUUGGCCUGUAUCAUUGGUCCUGUAUACCCAACCUUUUGGUUGUCACGCUUCUUCGCUGACAUGUGGAUGCUGUUCCCCAAGGAAGAGGAAUAUAUUGAGUGGUUCAAGAAGGCUGGUUUUAAAGAUGUCAAAUUGAAAAGAAUUGGCCCCAAAUGGUACCGUGGUGUCCGUCGUCAUGGUCUCAUUAUGGGCUGCUCUGUCACAGGUGUUAAAAGAGAAUCUGGUGAUUCACCUUUGCAGCUGGGUCCGAAAGUGGAGGACGUAAAGAAGCCUGUGAAUCCAUUUGCCUUCCUCCUCCGUUUCAUUUUGGGUACGGUCGCAGCGACAUAUUACGUCUUGGUGCCGAUCUACAUGUGGAUUAAAGAUCAGAUUGUCCCCAAAGGGCAGCCUAUAUAGAGCAGUAGCCUUGAUCCUGCGACGAACAUCACAGUCCAAGAUAAUAAUCCAUUGCAUGUAAUAUUUUGUUUUAGAUCUUUUAAGUUGUUCUUUGUUAAGUUUGGACAGCUUGUAUCAGUCAGAAAUUAAGGCAUGCAUCUCCUACGAGAAACACUUAAAUACUCAUCAGGAAAUUUCUUCUUUGUUCUGAUUUGUAGCAAAAUUAUUUUAUUAUCCAUCAUUAGGCCUUAAAAUUUAAUAGUGGUUGUAAA